GAGGACAGGGUUGAGAGAACAACACAGAGCAACAUGGGACAGUGAGAGAGAGAGAGAGAGAGAGAGAGAGAGAGAGAUAGUUGCUACUUGGCAAGACAAUCAGAGACAAGCCACGGAUUCACAGCCUGGUGCACAGCUGGCGUGACGGGUGAGGAGGCUGCAGGCUGCAGGCGAACACUGAGCGGACAGACAGGGACAAUGUGUGGCGAGUGUUGGAUCUAAUGUUCUGGAGAUUUUCAUCAACUCACUAGCACACGAGUGACACCGCAAACAUUUGGACCACAUGCAGGUGGAAGACGAGGCUUUGGGACAGCAGACCGCAGGGGAGUCACAGAGAGGAUGCUUCUCGUAAAGUAUAGGGUAUAUGUGUGAAAGGGCCACGGACGUCAUCUGGCGUGGAACAUUACCGGACAAAGAAGUUACUUCUACAUUCUAUUUCAAAUAUAUUCUGGAAAAUGUAGUGUCGACAACUUGACAACAUUUGGCAUUAUAGAAGAAAUGUUCACAUCACCUCUUUCGGCGUUCCAGCUUUUCCUCCAGAUGUAAACGCAAGGACUUGAUUGGAUUCGCCAUUUCACAUCUUCACAAAGAGGAGAUCAACUGGUCCAUAUCGUCAGAGUGAAACUUGAUCAAUCUUGACCUUGAUCUAGCUUCAUCUCGAGACAAUUUUGUACAUCUCCAUUGCACCUAUCCAAAGCUCCUAUUAUAAUACCAGCUAUGGACGGCCGGCACAAGCCAAAAGAAGUGGAUUACAACGUGGUGGACCUUCUGCAUCCGGCCAGGUCGGCAAUCCUGAUGAGGUGUUUGAGCCAUGUGGUCCGCUGACAGCAUGGAGCCAGAGAAAACACACACCCAGAGCAGCUUCUUCAGCAAGGUGGACGUGCCUGACCAUGCUCACUACAUUGUUGCUUUUUUUGUCUUUGUCAUCGGGACACUGGGCAUCACUGGCAAUGCUCUGGUUAUGUUCGCCUUCUAUAGUAACAAGAAACUCCGUAACCUGCCGAACUACUUCAUUAUGAACUUGGCGGUCAGUGACUUCCUCAUGGCCUUCACGCAGUCACCCAUUUUCUUCAUCAACUGUCUCUACAAGGAAUGGGUGUUUGGAGAGAUGGGCUGUAGGAUGUAUGCAUUCUGUGGCGCCUUGUUUGGCAUUGCCUCCAUGAUAAACCUACUGGCCAUCUCCAUUGACCGCUACAUAGUUAUCACCAAGCCGCUGCAGGCGUUGCACUGGAGCUCCAAGCGAAGAACCGCCCUGGCAAUCCUCAUGGUCUGGCUUUACUCUCUGGCUUGGAGUCUGGCUCCUCUCGUCGGCUGGAGCUCUUAUAUCCCUGAGGGCCUGAUGACAUCUUGUACAUGGGAUUACGUCACAUACACAUUGGCCAAUAGGAGCUACACAAUGAUGCUUUGCUGUUUUGUUUUCUUUAUUCCACUGGGCAUCAUCUUUUACUGCUAUCUCCUAAUGUUUCUGGCUAUAAGGAAGACUGGCAGGGAUGUAGAACGUCUGGGGACUCAGGUGAGGAAAUCCACCCUCAUCCAGCAGAAGUCCAUCAGGAGUGAGUGGAAGUUGGCGAAGAUCGCCUUUGUCGUCAUUGUGGUGUAUGUCCUCUCCUGGUCACCAUACGCCUGUGUCACGCUGAUUUCCUGGGCUGGAUAUGCCAACAUCUUGUCUCCAUACUCCAAGGCUGUUCCUGCAAUCAUAGCAAAAGCCUCCGCUAUCUACAAUCCUUUCAUCUAUGCUAUCAUACAUAACAAAUACAGGACGACUCUAGCAGAGAAGUUUCCCUGCCUUUGGUUUCUGUCUCCUGCUCCUCGCAAGGAAUGCAUCUCCUCCUGCUCCAUCAGUGAGUCGUCUCUCAGGGACUCCAUCAUCAGUAGACAGUCCACAGCAUCAAGGUCACACUUCAUUACAGCCGCCUCCAACUCCGCAGACACGGUACUGAGGGAUGUGGAGCUGGAGCCUUUGGGCAGGAAGUCAUGUGAUUCCUUCAGAAGCAUGUCGUCGUACAAUCAGUCUUGCCGAGGGAGGAGUUUCAAGAAACAGCUAGAGCGGAGGAACACAAAGACUCAUCCAACAGAGAAGUAUCCAUCUGCCAUGAAUGAGUCGUCGAGCACUUGCGAGCAUGAACUGGUUUCCUGCUCUCUUACCAUCGCCACUGUCCCCCUACUAGUUCUAACCAGGAGGCGCAGCCAGAGUCUGACCACUGAUAUUUCAGACGCCGGGGGGGAGAAACGCAGCGUCAGGGAUUGGCCGAGCAGCCACAAGAGCGACUCUUUUGAUUCCCUGAAUUUCGGAAAAAUCCCCUCCACCGACCCCAGGUCGCCCCAGGGUGUGCCACGCAUAAUCGUCAUCAGUCCCACUUCUGAAAGCAGCCUCAUCAACCAGGACAGUGUCUGCUUGGGGGAGAGUAUUGAGGCAAUGGAGGACAGCGCUUUUGUCAGUCUUAACUUCUCAUCGGAAGUCUUUGAGGCGGUGGAGCUUCUCUCAUAACGAGCUGGACUUCAUUGCUCACCCUUGUGUUCUUUUUCUCCGACGUCAGACCACACAUCGCGCCACGGGCCCUCUUCCCACAGGCCCAGACUCGUCUCGGCUUUUGAAAAAAGUACUCGUCCACGGAAAUGGAUCCUUUACCGUCUGUUUCUGAGUUCACCUGAUCGAUGCUGUGAAACAGAACUACACCACUCUGUUUCUCAGAGAGCUGGAGUGCAGAGUAAACGUUGGUACGGCAAAUGUAACAGUAUGACCUGGUUGCUGGUAUGCAAGUGGGCAGUGUUUGCCAGACUUGGCAGGGGCACCGGCACCCUGAGGGGCAGCAUGGGACACAGCAUAGUUUUGUUAGAUCCCUCAAAUAUGGAAGUGCAAAAUGUUUUGAUGAGCUUGGGGCCCAAGCUUGACAGGCUGCUUUUUUUUAUUUUUAUUUUUUUUUAUGGCAAAUACACACAUAGGUGAAAUUGGGAUAUAGAGGUGUUCUUUUUUGUGGUUUUUAACGUAUUUAUUUGAGUUUAUUUAGGUUCAUGUCACGUGUUCUCUGCUGCAGACCGAAGACAGGAUGUUUGCAUCAGAUAUUACAUCAGUCCAGUCGAAGGUAAUGCUCCUUUUUCUCAAAAUGUGAACACUGCCAAAAGAUGAAACAUUUCUGUUCCUUUUGAGUCAGUAUCACAAAGAAAUUGAAAUGACGACUCGAUAAAAAACUAUUCUUGGUAGGAGCUCCUUUAGGCUGCGUGGACCUCUCCAACUUCUCACUGGCAGCGAGACGGUGGUGUAAUGAAAAAAGUGAGACUGUUGAUACUGGUCAAAAGACUAAGGUGGGGUCAAAAUGUGUCUCUAUGAACAUUUUACAUUUUCUUUGUGGUGACUUUUAAUACGUCUUGCUAACUGUGUGAACACUGUGCUUAGUAAUGAAUGCUCCACUGUUCCCUUGACCUAUUCCUAUUCAUAAAAAAAACAAAAAACUUAACUGUAUUAUUUGUGUUGCUUUUGAAAGCUACGGCGUUGUUACCAGUGAUGUGAGCGAGUGUGUGCUCUGAUUGUCCACGUAUGGGAAGGCAGCACCGGAAUUGCAGAUUAAUAUAUGAAGAAGAAGUUCACUGAAUACUUGUUUUUUCAUUUGUCUUCAUUCCUUGAUGGUUAAUUGUCCCUUCCCUUUAGACAGAGCAUCAUCACUCACGUCAGUGAUUGACAUCUGCCCUUGCUUCUAACUGACACAAUUUUCCUCCUCCUAAUUAUUAAAAUCUUUUUAGAGGUUAUUUUGCAGAGCCCAGCAAAUUACUGCAAGUACAAAAUCAAGCUCUUUUAGGGGAAAAAAAGUGACAUCAUGAGACGAUUCACAAAGGCGAAUGUGAACAAAAUGUGACUGGAGUCAGAUGUGAUGGCUGUUGUCAUCUGCAUUUUAACAUGUGAUACCUGCGCAUUACUCAUUCAAUAACAAGCAAUGCUUUUCAUGUUAAUGUGCUCGAUAUUUCUGAAUCCAGCUUGUGGCACAAUUCCUUCAGUCUGGGAAGAGAAAAUAUGAUUAUUCUAAUGUACUGUAAUUUUUUUCAAAAGCAGGGAUGUGUUACCUUCAACCCCUUGGUCUAAGCUCUUCACUUGUCAGGUCAACUCUAUCACCACACGGACCCGUGAUAUGGGACGAUAAUAAAUAAUAAAACCUGGAUUAUGUUCAACGACGACUCUUGAGCAUGGUCAAUGCCAGCAGUUCUUUAUUUUAAAUGAAAAGCAACAAUAUGAUCAAAGGGAGAGAAAGACUGUGGCUAUGGCCAAUAAACUGUGGCUUAAUGUGAAGUAUGGCUCGUCAAACAAGGUGAUUAAAGACGCCAAAAAGUCUCACUUGAAAACUUGUGUCAAUGAUGAAUGCAUAGCCCACAUUGUACUUACUGUACAGCUAUAGUUUUAUCUUAACACCAGAUGAAUCAUCAGGGGAAAAUGCUCAUGAAACUGAAUGUUUGAUUUUGACGUGUCCCUGUUUUAUAUCUUUGUUUUGUUGCCGAGGUGUGUCAUGUCCAAUAUUUGUAUAUUUCAAUACUCUGAGGCUGAAGUUGAAUGAACAUUGGCGGUCAUUGGUAAAUGACAGAUGGUGCAGCUGCUUUUGGGCCGUUGCUGAAAUACGGAGAGAGGAGAGUAAUGGCCCACCGAAGCCCACUUAGAUAAUUAUUUUUAUACUGUAUUAUACCAUAUUAAGUGUGCUGUGAGUUUUUUUUGUUUGUUCAUUAUAUCAUGUAUUAUCAUUGCAGGUGUUCGUUUUAGUUAAAUAAGUGGGACAACAUGGGAAGGUACUGUCACAGUUGUUUCAGGGGCUGCAGUGUGACCUUGGAAAUGAUGAAUCACAAUCCCCCCCAACGCAAUUUUCAAUUUGUUAGAUUAUAUCUUCAGAAAUAAUUGUUCUAAAGUUGACCAUUCUUAGCCUUUAUGACUUCCCAGAGAUUUACUUCAGUGCUAUAAAUCAAAAAAAAAAAGUGCUUACUAUAUGAAAAUACUGCACAUUAUUGACACCUCAGAGCCGUUGGGGUUAACCAAUAAAAUAUGUGCAGCCUUUGGAGAAACACAUUCUAAAACUCUAAAAUAAAUAAUUAAUAAUUCUGUCCUUAGCGUCAUUGUCAGCAUUAUUGAUGCGAUCACUGAGGCCCGUUUUCUUUAAGUAUGAGACCCUGACAGUCGAUAGAGUUGGACGUCACAGCUGACAGUGCGGGUAGAGAUAUUAAGUUUUCCCCUCUCUUAUGGACUGAUCAUUUGAUUUUUAUUCACCCACAAUAACUUCUCUGUUAUUGAUGUAUAUAUUGUGGUUUGCUUGUGUCAUAAACACACACUCACACACACUGUGGUUCGUUCAACACGCAUCAUUUUCACCUCUGGAUGCUGUGUGCUGUAGUUUCAUGUACCGCUUUCAUUUCCUUUUUACAUCACAGAUCCUGCAGGCACAAUAAAGUUCUUGAAUUCA